AUGUUGCGACGAACCAGAAGAGCGCCCACAGCUUGUUUGUGGUGCCAUCACCGCAAGGUGCGAUGUGAUGCCUCGAUCCUGGGUUGUCCAUGUACGCGCUGUCGCCAGGAUGGCCGCAGCGAUUGCGUUCUGCGCAGAAAGCUACCGAAGCAGCAUGUCUCCCAAAUUUCCAAAGAAUCGAGAGAUCAGAGUGGCCAUAACCGUUCGCCGUCUGAACCGACCGAUAUGCCUCUCGGAGCUUCGCAAAACACUAGAAAGACCUCCUACCAUUUGACGGGAGUAACUAGCGGAUCUGAUGAAUGGAACAUCACGGAAAAAGGGAACAGCUCGUUUCAAUUUGAUGAUUAUCCAUUCCUCUUGUCAGAUCGCUUGGCAUCUCUAGCACCUGAGGACCUCGCAUUUCUCACCUCGAAAGGUUCUUUAAGCAUCCCCGACAGAGCAUACGCAAGAGAAUUUGUUACGCAAUACUUCCUUCAAAUUCAUCCAAUUCUUCCUGUAUUGAAUGAAGUGCAAUUUUGGCGUGCUUUCGAGGGACAUUCCGUGGAUAAAGUUUCGCUUUUUGUCUUUCAAGCUCUUCUAUUUGCGAGCUGCCCGUUUGUCUCAUUGGGAACGCUUCAGGAAUGCGGAUUCGCAGACAAGCGAGAUGCGCGGAAGAAGCUAUACAACCGAUCUCAGCUUCUUUACGACUUGAUGGUAGAGGCCAGGCCCUCCGCGAGAGCGCAGGGCGCAAUACUUCUCACUCACCACACGUCAGCAGAGGCACCGCAGGCGGGUAGCCUAUGGUUGACGCGCGCAAUUGAAAAUGCAAUGCUUAUUGAUACCAAGCGCAAAGUAAUAAUCGAAAAUGUCCCAAUAUCGGUGAAAAAACGAUUGUGGUGGUCUAUCCUCCUUCGAGACCGGAGUCUCUGUAUCGGUCUCCGUCGUCAACCGCAGAUCGCAUCACAUAAUCUCCAUGGUUGCCGCGACUGGUUGAAAGAAGAGGACUUUGAGGAGGAAAUGCGUCGCUCACCAGUGUACGACUGCAAUGCAAAAAAGAGGCUUUUUAAAGCCCUGCAAGAUCAAUGCCGCUUAGCUGUUGUUCUGACGGAUCUUGUGUCCUUGGUUUUUACUCCCCGAAUGACCACGACAGCAUCGUAUUCGAGGGAUGCUUUUCGAGCACUAAUGUGCACAAUUGAAGAGAUUAAAAGAUCUCUAAUCUCAUGGGAAACACAAGCACAAGCACCAUCCGUUCUAGAUAGCACGACGUGCAGCCAUGAUCCUGCCUCAACCACAAAGAAUUUGACAUUCAUGUACUAUCAUGGGGGACCGAAAAAUCACUCAAGCCCUAAAUUUGGUCUUUCUAGUGCGGCCCGCGUCGACCUGGCACAAUUCGCAGCACUUGCCAUCGAGGAGCACCAUGCAUUAGCAAACGAUCUCUAUGGAGAAGCUGUACUUGGAAUUGGAAAGGACUUGGCCUCCGGAAUUCAAGGUCUGACUGCUGUCAUGGAGUACUUCAGUCGCAAUGGCCAUGUGGAAAAUCUGCCGUUGAGCGUAUUGGGGUACGUUGGCAUGCCGCUGAUUCUAGCGGCGAUUGACCUGAAGCUUUCUCCAUCAUGUGAUGAAAUGAAGAUCCGACAGAGGCGCCUGGACUCUCUGAGUAGAAUAAUUCGUCUUUCCGAAUCACUGUACGAUGUCACCGACUUUGUCGCAGCUGGAACCAAUCAUAUACUCCAAUUGGCGUAUGUGACUACGCAAAACUUUUUUCUUCCUAGCGAGCCUUCGUCAAGAAUGAUCAACGAGAAGACAGGGCACAAUCUGAUCGAGAAACGAAUGGAUCCCCAGAUUCCGAAUUUGACAAGGAUAAGAAAUUCAAAUCCGACACGCGCAAAGAGCUGGCUUGAUGCUUUCUUGCGAUGUCCACGCGCAUAUCUUUUGAUCUCGACGUCUGUGGACUACAGCUUGGCAGUAGGUCGUUUACCCUAUGAUACGUCCCUCCCAGCUUUAGUCCGCGAUAUACCAGCAAUGGGGGCAAUGAUGCAGCUUCCUUGGACAAUCGAUACGGGGAGCAGAGGCGCUCUCUAUAUACAUAGAUGUGCAGUUCCAGCCCCUUCAGAUUGUGGAGAGAAAUCAGUCGACUCGGUGGCAGCAGCAUCUGCCGCAAGUACGCAAGUACAAGAGAGAAGAAUGCUCACUCAGAAUUUAACUAGUAAACGGCUGCCAACGAAUGAAACCACAGAAUGGAAGGAAAACUCCACGAAUGUGGACGACCCUCCACAGAUCGGGUUUAAACCGCCGGUGCACACCCCUGGAAACUCAUGUGAGCCCAUGUCUACUGCUAUAAACCUUGACUUCUUGGAGUUGGGCGCCAACUUGGAUAGCGAAGAUAUCGUAUGCUACGAUUCGCCCAUCAAGACCUACGACAGCUUUGAUUCUUUACCGAUAGGCUUUCUGGACGAAAAGGAUGUCCGUCCAGGAAGCCUGGGUCGCAUCGGGCUUGAUGGUGGCCUGAAUACAGGAUUUGCCGCCGAAGGUCUCGAUUCGAUACUUUCUGAUUCCUUAUUUCAUGACUCUUCAGGCGGGGGUGUUUUCGAUGUAUGA